GUGGCAGUGACAGCAGUGUCGCGCGCCCGGCUUGGCGGGAGUCUUCAUUCGCACUCGCUUUCUGUCAGUGAACGUUCCGGUCGGAUAUAACUGGUAUCAUCGAUUUUCAAGGCUAUGUCAGUGUUGUGACUUUGUUAUGAUCGUGAUGGAUUCCAAGGAUCUACUCACCGAGGUGAGCAUGUUCCUGAAAGUAACCCUGGUAGGAGAGAAUCUGUCGGACCAUGCUGAAGGCUGUCGGCAGAAGCUGAUCGCCAAACUGACCAAUCGAGAUGCGUCUCCUCCACCCACACAGGCUUACGUGGACAUGAAUGGAAGUUCCCACUGUCAUCAUAAGGUUCAACAGCAACACAGCAACUGUUAUGAAGAAUUUGACAGGACCUUUUACUCAAAUACUAAAGACAAACCGCACAUUCCUGAUGCCUUCAUGAAUAACUUGUAUAACAACACCAAUUCAAUGGGGGAGGAAAACAUAUAUGCCAACAAUGAUGAGACUGAAAACUACAUCAACAUUAAAUAUACCUCUCAGAAUCAAGAGGAUAAUCUAUACAUUAAUCCUACCUCACCUCUAGCCAACACUCCAGUCACUCCAAGCAAGCCGUCAUUGGUGCUGAACAGUACAUCUAAUUCAAACUCUGAAAGGAACUCGGUGAUUAGCUUUAAGAAAGACUCACCAGACAGGAUCAGUGUAUCAUCUAGCCUUACCUCAAACUCAAGGUGUGAGGAGUCUCCUGAGGUUUUAGCCGUAUCAGCAUCUGCGAUGCGCUACAAAGCAACCAAGACCGGACUGCUUCGGCGGAGAGAGAAGAUAUUUUUCAUGGAUCACAGAAAACCCUACUGGGUGGCUCUAAUCAAUGAGACACUCUUUAUGUUCACUUCUGACAAGGAUGCCAAACCUCUGUUUGAGUUGGAUAUCUCCGGCUAUAAAGCUCGUGCUGUAGUGAUAUCUGCCAGUACAAAGCCUGACUACAAGUUUGAGUUGAUUGCUCCUGGCAGUAAAACUCACCAGUUCUGUGCCGAUAAUGAGUUGAACAUGAAGUCUUGGAUCUCUGCAAUAAACAUAGCCACCAAGCAAUCAGACCCGGACCCAAUAAGAGAGUGGGGACGUCAGCUGCCCUCCUUGCCAGCAGUACAGAACAUGUACGACCAGCCGGGUCCCCGACGAAUGACUUGCCCUGUUACCUACGACCAGCCUGACUCUACCAAACAACCACUGAUUGAGACAGAGUACGAGUCACCUGACGGAGUAGCCAGCUGUGUCAGCCAGUCCUCACCUGUACGCUUAGCUCUCAACCAUGAACUGUCGCAAUUCCUUACCAAGGGGAAGAAGUCUACUGAUCAGCUGGCCACACCUCCAAAGCAGAAUGGAGAGAGACGGAGUCCUAGCGCGAGUGGGAGGCAAUCUGCUAGCCCUCGUGAAACUAGACGACUGCCACUGCUGCCACACCAGCAACUGGAAACAUAUGACAAAUUGGAACCGACCGUGAGACCAGUCAACGACAAUCCAGAGCUUUACGAGACCCUGUGUGAAGAGGUGUAUCACUGCAUUGACGACACUCAACUACAGAAUCUCAAGGAACCAAGACGACUACCAUUGUUGCCUUAUGAGCAGGAGACUUAUGACCAGCCGGAACCUACGGUCAGGCCUGUCAACAACCUGCAAAAUGUCCAAAGGGAGUCAAGGAAACUGCCACUGUUGCCCCCAAAUCGAAUGCUAGAUCCCAAUUCUCAUAUUGUCCAAGAGGGGGUUUACUCUGACACAGUUGAGAGUGACAGGCCAUCAAGUGAGGAGGCUCUCUAUAACAACGUAACAGAGGAGGAUUCUGAUACCGAGUUUGAUGACAUCGAUGAUGAUGGUGACGAUCAGCCCAACUACUGUAACACACUGCCUUAUCCUGAGCAAGAGACUGACCGAGAUUGUAUUUACGAUGUAAUUACGGAACAGCGUCAACUACUCACGGCUUCUCCUGUCAGUGAACCUCUUGGUGCGGCAUUUCCCCCGUCCUCCGACAUAGAGCAGAAAGUUAACACAGUGGACAAGAAGAGAGUAUCGUCGCACUAUGUAAAUAGUAUGGCGACCUUUUUCUCUAAAUCUUUCAUGAAACCACAACUCAAAGAAGUGAAACCACCAGUUAUCAACAAAAGUUUUCGGUAGUCCUAAAUAUGAACUGUUCUUCAUAACAGAAAAUCCCUGCGUGCUCAAAAAUCCUUGCUACGUUAUGGAAUCAAGAAAACAUCUCUGUGAUAUAAAACAAAACUCUUACAUUAGUAAUAAUUAUUUAGAUUUAUUUAUGUAUAUAUUUAAAUGCUUUUUAUUGGAUAUUUUAUUAUAUUUUUAAAUUUGAUUUAAAGAAAUUGCUUCGCAUCAA